UUGCUUAGAGCUAGUCUCCACAGCGCGGCUCAGCCCAUCUGUGACCACCUAAGCUGCUGCUGCUCUUUAUCGUGCUCUUCGCCUCCACCAGCGAAUGGAACCAUGGAGCACAGACUCCUCUGUUGGACCACUUGCUUUCUCCUGUCCUUAUGGUGUCUGCCAGUGCUUCCCUGCCCUAGCCGGUGCCUCUGCUUGAAGAGCACCGUCCGCUGCAUGCACUUGAUGCUGGAUCGCAUUCCUCAGGUGCCACAGCAGACCACAGUCCUAGACUUGAGGUUUAACAGAAUAAGAGAAAUUCCCGAGAGUGCCUUCAAGAAGCUCAAGAAUUUGAACACACUCCUCCUGAACAACAACCAAAUUAGAAAGAUUUCCAGAAAUGCUUUUGAAGGACUUGAGAAUUUACUCUAUCUGUACCUGUACAAGAAUGAAAUUCGUACACUAGAUAAACACACAUUUAAAGGGCUCAGCUCCUUGGAACAGCUGUAUAUCCAUUUCAACCAAAUAGAAACACUUCAGCCCGAGACCUUUGGAGACCUUCUGAAAUUAGAGAGAUUAUUCUUACAUAACAACAGAUUAUCUAAAAUCCCAGCUGGAAGUUUCUCUCAUCUGGAUUCAUUAAAGAGACUGCGCCUGGAUUCCAAUACUCUGGUUUGUGACUGUGAUUUACUGUGGCUGCGGGAACUUAUGCAAAGCUAUGCCCAAAAUGGCCAGACUCAGGCUGCUGCCACUUGUGAGCAUCCCAGAAGACUCCAUGGACGUGCCAUGGCCUCAGUAUCAGUGGAAGAAUUUAAAUGUGAAAGGCCUCGAAUUACUUAUGAGCCACAAGAUGUGGAAGUAACAUCAGGAAAUACUGUCUACUUUACUUGCCGGGCUGAAGGAAACCCCAAACCCAAGAUUAUUUGGAUACAUAACAACCACUCGUUGGAUCUGGAAGAUGAUAACAGACUUAAUUUGUUCAGUGAUGGGACCCUCAUGAUCCGAAACACUCGAGAGUCAGAUCAAGGUGUCUAUCAGUGUAUGGCCAGGAACUCAGCAGGGGAAGCCAAGACGCAAAAUGCCAUGCUCAGAUACUCCAGUCCUCCAGCCAAACCUAAUUUUGUAAUCCAGCCCCAGGACACAGAGGUUUUAGUUGGCACCAGCACUACUUUGGAAUGUAUGGCCUCUGGCCACCCUCAUCCGCUUAUCACAUGGAGCAGGGGUGAUGGAGAGGCGAUAGACCAGUCUAGACACAGGACUACUUCUGGAGGACUUUAUUUGCAGAAUAUCACAUUGAAGGAUCACGGUCGAUUCACCUGCCACGCUAAUAAUAAUCAAGGCUCUGUUCAAGCAACAGUAAGCAUAAUUGUGCAAGCUCCUCCACAGUUUACAGAGAUUCCCAAAGAUCAAGUGGUGGUGGAAGGACAUGCUGUAGAAUUUCUUUGUCAAGCUGAAGGCAGGCCAAACCCAGUGAUUGCAUGGACAAAAGCAGGAGGGCCUCUCCCUCAGGAAGGUCGUCAUACAGUUCUCUGUUCAGGCACUUUGAGAAUUGACCACACAGCACCUCAUGAUCAAGGUCAUUAUGAAUGUCAGGCAGUCAGUCCAUUGGGAGUGAAAAAAGUAGCAGCGCAAUUGACUGUAAAACCCAAAGUUCUCCCAGUAUUUAUUCAACUACCUCAAGAUGUAAGUGUAGAGGUUGGAAAGAAUAUAAACAUUCCAUGCCAUGCUCAUGGAGAACCACAACCCAUAAUUACUUGGAACAAGGGAGGGGUUCAGAUUACUGAGAGUGGUAAAUUCCAUGUGGAUGGUGAAGGCAAAUUAAUUAUCUAUGAUGUAGGUCAAGCUGACCAAGGAAAAUAUGAAUGUGUGGCUCGGAAUCCAUUUGGUCAUGUUGUGGCCAACAUGUUUCUCACAGUAAUUGCAAUACAGGGGAGACAAGCUGGUGAUGACUUUGUUGAAUCAUCCAUUCUUGAUGCUGUACAGAGGGUUGACAGUGCAAUUAACUCCACAAGAAGACAUUUGUUUUCACAAAAACCUCGCACUCCUAGCGAUCUGCUGGCUCUGUUUCGUUAUCCACAAGAUCCAUUUACGGUGAAGACAGCUAGAGCAGGGGAGAUUUUUGAGCAUACACUGCAAUUGAUCCAGGAACAUGUGAAGCAGGGGCUCACUGUGGAUCUGGAGGGCAGAGAAUUCCGCUACAAUGACCUGGUGUCCCCGCCCUACCUCAGUCUCAUCGCUAAUUUGUCUGGAUGCACAGCCCACCGGCAUGUCCCCAGCUGCUCUGACAUGUGCUUCCACCAGAAGUACCGAACCCUGGACGGCACAUGCAACAACCUGCAGCACCCCAUGUGGGGUGCGUCCCUGACAGCUUUCGAGCGCAUCCUGAAACCAGCCUAUGAGAAUGGUUUCAAUUUACCCCGGGGGGCUGGCCGCCACACCCUCUCUGCUCGAGACCCCCUGCCCCUUCCCAGGCUGGUCUCCACAGAGUUGGUGGCCACAGCGACGGUCACCCCUGAUGACAGGUUCACCCACAUGCUUAUGCAGUGGGGUCAGUUUGUAGACCACGAUUUGGACCACACGGUGCCUGCAUUAAGCACAGCUCGUUUCUCCGAUGGCCUGCCUUGCAGCGCCACUUGCACCAACGACCCACCUUGCUUCCCCAUAGUCAUUCCGCGCUCGGACCCCCGGGGCACCCAUGCUUCCUGCAUGUUUUUUGCACGCUCCAGCCCGGUAUGUGGCAGCGGCACGACUUCCUUGAUGAUGAAUUCUGUCUAUGCUCGGGAACAGAUCAACCAGCUUACAGCUUACAUGGAUGCUUCUAACGUGUAUGGAAGCUCAGAGCAGGAAUCCCACCAUCUCAGGGACCAUUCAGCACCCCGGGGACUCCUGAGGACAGGUGUACCUUGGGGUCCUUCAGGCAAGCCCUUACUACCCUUCUCUGUAGGGCCCCCCACCGAAUGCACACGGCCUGAGCAAGACAGCCGCAGCCCCUGCUUCCAGGCCGGAGACCACAGGGCCAACGAACAGCUGGCUCUCACUGCCAUGCACACCCUAUGGUUGAGGGAACACAACCGGAUUGCCUCACAGCUGUCCUCCCUGAACCCCCACUGGGACGGAGACACAGUGUAUCACGAAGCCAGAAAGAUUGUGGGUGCUGAAAUUCAGCACAUCACCUACAGCCACUGGCUACCCAAGAUCCUGGGAGCCCCUGGCAUGAGGAUGCUGAGGGAUUACCAGGGCUAUGACCCCAAUGUCAACGCGGGGAUUAUUAACUCUUUUGCAACUGCAGCCUUUAGAUUUGGCCACACGUUGAUCAACCCUAUAAUUUACCGACUGAAUGCUACCUUCGGGGAAAUACCUGAAGGCCACCUUCCACUCCACCAAGCUUUUUUUUCACCUUCUAGAAUAAUUGAGGAAGGAGGAAUAGAUCCACUCCUUCGUGGACUUUUUGGAGUAGCUGCUAAACUGCGCAUGCCUUCUCAGCUUCUCAACCUGGAACUGACCGAGAAGCUGUUCUCCACUGCACACCACGUGGCCCUGGACUUGGCUGCCACCAACAUUCAAAGGGGACGAGAUCAUGGGAUCCCACCUUAUGCUGACUUUAGAGUUUUCUGCAACCUAUCUGCUGUCCAGAACUUUGAGGAUCUUCAGAAUGAAAUCAAAGACCCAGAGAUUCGACAGAAACUGAAAAAGUUAUAUGGCACUCCCAGCAACAUUGACUUCUGGCCCGCCCUUAUAGUAGAAGACCUGAUCCCUGGUACACGAGUGGGGCCAACGCUUAUGUGCCUGUUUGUUCUCCAGUUUCAGCGUCUAAGAGAUGGAGACAGGUUCUGGUAUGAAAACCCUGGAGUAUUUACCCCGGCACAACUCACUCAACUGAAGCAGGCAUCACUGAGCCGUGUGCUUUGUGACAACGGUGACAACAUUCAGCAAGUCCCGGCAGAUGUCUACUUGAAGGCAGAAUAUCCACAGGAUUAUUUGGACUGCAAUGGGAUACCAAGGGUUGACCUUAGGAUGUGGCAAGACUGCUGUGAAGACUGUAGGACUAGAGGAGAGUUGAGAUCAUCUGCACAAGAAUCUCUAAAGAAAAACUCUGCUCAAUACAGCUAUCCUGACCAGAAAGACAUGGACUUUGGUGAUCUAAUUAGUAGGCAACAAGAUAAUUUGUACACGAAUGAAGAUGAUAAAAAUGUGACACUUCUGUCAAAAACAAAAUAUGCCCAGGAUUUCAGCUAUUUUGCAACAGAAAUUCAAGAAACCAUCAAAGCUCUCAGAGAACAGAUAGACAAACUAGAGACUCGUCUGAGGGAGGCAGGGUGUAGAGAUGAUAAAGGGAUUCAAAGGAAAGACGAUGAAGGUUGGAAGAAAGAAGACUGCAUUAGUUGUACCUGCAAGAAUGGCCAGAUCACCUGUGUGAUAGAAACUUGUCCCCCAAUUCCAUGUACCAACAAUUUUGAACUGGUGAAAGGAACUUGCUGUCCAGUGUGCAGAGACCCAUGAAUGCCGUCUGAUUUACUGGUGAAAGUCUAACAGAUGUCAUUAUGCUCUUGAGUCAAGUAUGGGACUAAUCAGGAAAAAAGGUAGUCAGGCAUAUAGGUAGUUCUUGAGCACCAUUAACUGAUAUCACAUUCUUGACGUAGCAAGCACUGAUGUAGCAAGCUAGUUCAUUUAAGUAUUAAGCAUACUGAAGAUACUGACUUUCCCAUUUUUUUAAUGCUCCUUGAAAUGAUGCAAAAUUGAAUGCUUUGAAGUGCAUAGGAGGGAUAGCCAAAUAGCUCACUUGGGCAGUGUGCUGUAUUGCCAUGUAAUUAAUUCAGGUUCAAACUUGGCUCUCACCUCACUGAAGGAAGCUUUGGUGCUAUCAUCUCUUUCACUCUCUCUGCCUCUGACUCUAAAAUAAUAAACAAAUAAAAUAAAGUGCAUUGGAGGCCUGAGGAGACAGCAUAGAGGUAAUACACAGGACUAGCUUGCAAGAUAUCUUGGAUUUGACUUUUUGUACUGCUAAAGUUGAGUAUGCUCUGGUCAUAAAAAAACAAAAAGAAGUAUAAAGGGAUUUUUUUUUUUUUAACAGAGCACUGAUCAGCUCUGGUUUAUGGUGAUGCAGGGGAUUGAACCUGGGACUUCGAAACUUCAGGCAUGACAGUCUGUUUGCAUAACCAUCAUACUAUCUACCCCUGCCCAGGGAUUGUUUUAUUUUAAGAAACUUUUCUAAUUUUGUAACCCACUAGUUAUAAAUGUCAUAUGUAGGAAGAACAGUAAUUAUGCAACACUAUCAAAAAAGCUGAGUACUGGGAGAAUCCUGUCCUUUCAGGAUACAAAGUGAUUUCACGUUGACACU